AUGCUCAUCAAGGACUUCGUAGCAGUGCUGCCCUCGACGGUGGAAGCAAUUGCCAACACCAGAGCUCCGUCUGGCGCACUUCCUACACCUCUCGAGGAACCCGCCGCCGCUCCAAUCAUCACCAACACCAGCCGCUCCUCGGCCGCCGACCCAGCCGACUGGCUCAGCACCGUCGACGUCUCCGGACGCCUCAACGCGGCUGUCCGGCAACGCGUCGGCCAGACCGGAUCAUGGCUGCUCUCAACUGAGCAAUUCGCGGCGUGGGACUCGGGCGCCAAGCCUGUCCUGUGGCUCUGCGGGCCCUCUGGAAGCGGUAAGACGGUGCUCUCGUCCGUGCUCGUGCACCAUUUGAGUAGCCGAUCUGCGCACCGGCGACCGUGCCUCUUCUUCUUCUUCGACUGCACCGGUGAGAGAAAGAAGAAUGGUCUGGAGAGCAUGCUCCGAUCGUUCGUCGGGCAACUGCUGCUGCAUGACCCGGUGCGGAUGACUGUGGAGCUGCCUUCUCCUUCCGAUUGGGAGCAGUUCCUCCAGGGUGCCGAGGACAUGAUCGCUGAGAUGGGCCCGGUGGACAUUGUCGUCGAUGGCAUCGACGAAUGCGCGGAGCAGGGCGAGGUGUUGCUGUGGCUGCACAAGCUGAUGCAGAAGAGUAGCCCAUCAUCCGAGGGCAUGCGCUUGUGCGUCUCCAGCAAGCACGAAGAGCCGUCUGAGCCCUGCUUUAGGGACCGGGUGAUGCACCACGCAUCGUCUCGAAUCACCCUCGACGCCGCCGCCACCGAAGAAGACAUGAAAGCAGUGGCGUACUGGACGCUGGCCAACGACCCCCGCUUUGGACGUUGGCAGCAUCGUGCAUCCCCAGUCCCGCACGGCAGCUUGUUCGGAAGCCAGCAGCGCGACCUCUCCGACAAAGACUUCCGAAAGGAGGUCGUAGACACCAUCGUCAAACGCGCACACGGACUGUACGACCCCUCACUCUUUGCCUCCUCCGCAAGCCGAUCGCUUUAUCCAGUGCUAACAUCCAUCAACACUUUCAGAUUCCGCCUGAUCCCUCUCCAGCUCAACGAACUCGCGGCUUGCGACACUACCCGGGCCUUCAAACGCACCCUGGCCACCCUCCCUGCCGACGACGCCGACAUGCACGCCCGCAUCCUCAGCCAGAUCCCCACCUCGGCCCGGCGCCACGUCGUCCGCCUCCUGCGCUUCGCCCUCUUCUCGACCGACGCGCCGCCCCUGACGUGCGCCCAGGCGACGGAUGCCCUCGCCGUGGCGCUGGACAUGGAGCCCGCGUUCGACCCGCAGGACCGCUUGAAGGACGUCGAGGAAGUCAUCGCGGGGCUCUGUCCCAGCUUGCUCGAGCUAAGAGGAGGUGGUGACGGGGAAGAGGAAGAGCGGACUGUCCACCUCGCACAUGCUUCGGUCAGGGAGUACCUCCUGUCGGACCCGCCGCGCGUGGAUGGGUACAGCGAUGCGUUCUCCAAGGGUCCGGCGCUCGCGGACAUGGCGAGGGUGUGCAUGGCGUACCUUGCCGCCGUGGCCAGGCUGUGGAGCAGCGCGGGUGGAGUGGAAAUCACGCGGGAGGCUGUGGAGAGGGUGUUCCCGCUCGCGGGGUAUGCGGUGAAGUACUGGGCGGGCCUUUCUCGAGCAGAGGGCGUGGACGAGCUGGUCGUUGCGGACGUGCUGGCGUUCGUCACGGACGAGAAGACGCGCGCACUGGUGGCGUGGAUGACCACCCCUGCCGACUCCAGCGAGCCCUCAUCGCCCUUCCCGACUCCGCUAUCAUUCGCGGUCCACUUCGAGCAGCCUCUCGUUGUCUCCGAGCUGCUCAAAACGCAGCAGCAAUCCGCCGAGGACUGCACCGCCGCCCUGGUCCGCAUCUGCACUUCGUCCAACACCAACCCCGCCAUCGCCGCAGCACUCCUCGACGCCGGGGCCGACCCAAACACAUGCUCCGCCCUCCCUCUGACACUCAUCUGCAACCGUCCCUCCUCCUCCACCAGCUCCCCAACCCUCGUCCACCUCCUGCUCUCGGCCGGCGCCGACCCAUCCCUCGCGGGCCCCGCCCUCCCACAGCACCUCAUCACCACCAACAACCUGGCGGUCCUCUCCACCCUCCUCUCCCACCCCGCAUCCCGCGCCAUUGACUGGACCCCCGCGCUGGCGACGGUGUACGAAGACGGGCUGCUGGACGCGGCCAAGCUCUUCCACCGCCACGGCAUCCACGCCCGCGCCCCGCCGCACCGGCAGUACCUCCUGCAGCUGGCCGCCCGCGCCGGCCGCGCCCCGCUCGUCGCCCUGCUGCUCGACUGCCGCGGCGGCGCGCUGCUGCCUGCGGGCGCCACGGCGGCGGCGCUGGACGAGGCGUUUUGGAAGGCGGUGCAUGAGACGACAGGGCGGGGCAACGACGGCCUCCCGUCGGCUGCGCAUGUCGAGGUGCUAAGCACGCUUCUUUCAUUGUCAUCGUCGUCGUCGUUGCACGCGCGGUUCGUGGAGCUGCUUGCCGCGCAGGUCGGCGUCAUGGGCGUGCGAUGCCUCGAGGCGCUGCUGUCGUGCAUCCCGCCGGGUACCGUUGGCGCGGGGUGGCCCGAACUAGGAGUUUCGCUGGUGCGUGCGGUGUGCGAGGGCGGCGCCGCCUUCCAUGAUGUGGAGAAGGUGCGGGCGCUGCUCGAGCACGGCGUGGGCGCGACGGAUGGGGACUCGGAGGCGCUGAGGGCGGCGUGCCGGGCGGGGAACGCGCGGGUCGUGGCGCUGCUGGUUGAGCGGGGUGCUGAUCCGCGGGCGGAAGGGCCGCCGGGGGAGGAGGCGCCGUGGGAGGGGUGGGUGAGUGCGUUUGAUAUCGCCGAGAGGGGCGGGAUGGAUGACAUCUUGGAUGUGCUUCUUUCGAGCGAUCGGUCCUGGGAGGCGGAGAAGAUGAGGAGGGUCAGUUUCCAUGUGUCCCACUCGAGACUCAAGAACGAGUGGAGGCGUGGUGCGUUGGGCUUGGGUGGAGUGGAGCCAGAGGCGUGA